ACCGGGACUGGGGGAGGGCAGGCUGCAUGUAGGCGCUGUGGGGGCUUUUUUGCGCGGAUAAAACGAGGCUCCUGUGGUUCCAUGCGCAGCGUUUGGAGCGCUCAUUGAGCCAGAAUCCUCCUUUUGAUUGUUUUUUUCUUAAGCCUGCUUCCGCGCUCCUCCUUCCUCCUCCUCAGCUGAGAGUAAACACGGCUUGCACGUUGCGUGCAACUCCGUGGAGGAUCGGGAAAAGAUGAUGCGCAGCGUGUAGCCGCGGAUUUCUAUGCGCCACAGCAGCGGAGGGGGGGACGGCAUGGACAUGUUUGGGAUUUACCUCCUCCUCUCCAUCGCUCUCCUUCCCCGCUCCAGCUGCACCACAGCUAAGGAGAUCACCUGCCAGGGGAUCGCCGUGCCUCUGUGCAAGGGCAUCGGCUACAACUACACCUACAUGCCCAACCAGUUCAACCACGACACGCAGGACGAGGCCGGCCUGGAGGUGCACCAGUUCUGGCCCCUGGUGGAGAUCCAGUGCUCCCCGGACCUGAAGUUCUUCCUGUGCAGCAUGUACACCCCGAUCUGCCUGGAGGACUACAAGAAGCCGCUGCCGCCGUGCCGGAGCGUGUGUGAGAGAGCGCGCGCCGGCUGCGCGCCGCUCAUGAGGCAGUACGGGUUCCCGUGGCCGGACAGGAUGAGGUGCGACCUGCUGCCCGUGCAGGGCAACCCGGACACUCUGUGCAUGGACUACAACCGGACCGACUCCACCACGGCGUCGCCCGUGCUGUCCAAACCCACCAACCACCCGGGGAGGAGCCCGAAGAGCAAACCCGGGAAGUACAAGCCGCCCGCCGCGCCCUGCGAGCCCGGAUGCCGGUGUCUGGAGCCCAUGGUGGCGGUGACCACGGAGCGCCACCCGCUCUACAACCGGGUGAAGACCGGGCAGGUCACCAACUGCGCCAUGCCGUGCCACAACCCCUACUUUACGCACGACGAGCGCGCCUUCACGGCGUUCUGGAUCGGGCUGUGGUCCGUGCUGUGCUUCGUGUCCACCUUCGCCACGGUGGCUACGUUCCUCAUCGACAUGGAGCGCUUCAAGUACCCGGAGCGACCCAUCAUCUUCCUGUCCGCCUGCUACAUGUUCGUGUCCGUGGGCUACAUCGUCAGGCUGAUCGCGGGACACGAGAAAGUGGCGUGCAACCGCGACUUUGACGUGGAGCACAUCCACUACGAGACCACGGGCCCCGCGCUGUGCACCAUCGUCUUCCUCCUCAUCUACUUCUUCGGCAUGGCCAGCUCCAUCUGGUGGGUCAUCCUGUCGCUCACGUGGUUCCUCGCCGCGGGGAUGAAGUGGGGCAACGAGGCGAUCGCCAGUUACGCGCAGCACUUCCACCUGGCCGCGUGGCUCAUCCCGAGCAUGAAGUCCAUCGCGGUGCUGGCGCUCAGCUCCGUGGACGGGGACUCGGUGGCCGGGAUCUGCUACGUGGGGAACCAGAACCUGGACAACCUGCGCGGCUUCGUCCUGGCGCCUCUGGUCAUCUAUUUAUUCAUCGGAACCAUGUUCCUGCUGGCCGGGUUCGUGUCGCUCUUCAGGAUCCGCAGCGUCAUCAAGCAGGGCGGCACCAAAACCGACAAGCUGGAGAAGCUGAUGAUCCGGAUCGGGAUCUUCACGGUGCUCUACACGGUCCCGGCCACCGUCAUCGUGGCGUGUUACUUCUACGAGCAGCACAACCGGCAGGACUGGGAGAUGACGCACAACUGCUCCAGCUGCCUGCUGGAGCGCGCGCGCAGCGGCCCGGACUACGCCGUCUUCAUGCUCAAGUACUUCAUGUGCCUUCUGGUGGGCAUCACGUCCGGAGUCUGGAUCUGGUCCGGGAAGACUCUGGACUCGUGGAGGACUUUCUGCACGCGCUGCUGCUGGGGCAGCAAGGGCACCGGCGGCUCCAUGUACAGCGACGCCAGCACCGGGCUGACGUGGAGGUCAGGCACGGCCAGCUCGGUGUCCUGCCGCAAACAGAUGCCCCUGUCACAGGUCUGACCCCCCACCCCAUUCAAGCUUAAGUUCGGACUAGUCCUCUCCUCAAAAGUGGGUCAACUCGGGUCAAAAUUAACCUGAACACAACAUCUUCACAGUUAAAAUCAUCUGUUAUGAUGAUGAAUGGAUGUGAAUUUGAAAAUAAUGAGUGUUGACAAGUUAACGGGUCAGUUUGACCCAAACACAACAUAAGGGUUAGAUUAAGCCUUAAACGCCCCCAAAUCUCUCUCCAAUUGUGAUCCCCCCCCUCCCUUUUGUGAUAUUUCUGUAUAAAAAGUUCAGACUAGUCCUCCCCUUUAAAGUGGGUCACCCCUUAUUAUGUGCUCGGGUCAAAAUUGACCCGUUGCUUUAACACAGUUUAAGGGGUAAUGGUUAUCAUAGUCAAACUAAUCUUUUACCAUGAGUGAACCUAAAUUUGAAAAUGGUGAGUUUUGAUAAGUCAAUGGGUCCAUUAGACCCGAACACAAUAUAAGGGUUAAAUUUAGCCUUUAGAAGCCCAAAUGAUUCUUCUAUUUUUUGGGUCAAUUUCUAAUGUAUUUAUAUAGUAUUUCUGUAUUAAAUUUACAUUUAUGUGCAGGUCAGGCAUGGCAAGUUCAGACUAGUUUUCUCUUCUAAAGUGAUUUACCCCUUAUACUGUGCUCGGGUCAAAUUGACCCGUUGUUUCAACACAACAUAAGAAUUAAAGAUUAUCACAGUCAAACUUGUUUUUUAACAAUCAGUGAACCUUACUUGAAGAUGAUGAAUGCUGGGUGUAAGUCAAAGGGUCAUUUUGACCCGAACACAAAAUAAGGGUUAAAUUAAGCCUUAAGAGCCCCCAAUCUGUCUCCAUGUGUGUUUUUUUUUUGUUUUGUUUUUUUUUUUGCAAUUUCACUUGUAUUUAUAUAUAUGUUCCGUAUAAAAAUGUACUUUAGCGUGUAGGUCCGACACGGUCAGCUCAGAGUCCUGCAGCAAACUGACACCCCUGUCACAUGUCAGAUCCCCCCAUUCAAGCUAAAGUUUGGACUGUUCCUCUCCUUUAAAGUGGUUUCCCCCCAUAUGUUGUGCUGUGGUCAAAAUUGACCCAUUGGGUCACAAUAUAAGGGUUAAAUGGAAAGGAACACAAUGUAACCCUUAUAUUUACUCGUACUGUGUUUGGGUCAAAAUUGACCCAUUGUAUUUUAUGACCUGUUACAUUGUUUGGGUCACAAUGUAAGGGUUUGAUAUAAGGGAAAACAGUAAAACCCUUAUAUUAACUUUUAUAUGUUUUUUACGGGUCAAUUUGACCCGAACACAACAUAAAGGUUAAAUUAAGCCUUAAAAUCCCCCAAAUCCUUCUCUAUUGUGUGUUUUUUGUAAUUUCACAUGUAUUUAUAUAAGAUUUCUGUAUAAAAAUGUACAUUUGUUUAUAAAAGAAAACUUUAUAAGAUAUUGUAAAUUUGUACAAAGUGUAGAUGCAUCUUUUUGGUGAGAAAGCAGCCUCUAUUUUGACAAUAAAACACGCAGUUGGCCUGUUUUUGGUGGUCCGUCUUCCUUUCCGAGGCCGCUUUAAAAAAAAAAAAAAAAAAAAACUCAGCAGAAAGCAGUAAUUAGAGGCGAGGGGUUGAGCUGGAGCAUCUCCCAUAAUUGUUUGGAGGCCUCUUCACAUGCUUGCCGAAGCCUGCUUUCUUGAUUUAGUCAAAAAAGGGGGGGGGGG